AUGAUCCCCUCAGCAACCAGGGCAGCAAAGCAGGUCUUUGCGCCCCUUCUCGUCCCCCUUAUUCUCUUGAUUACCACGCUCACCCCCUUCGUCUCCUCCCACGCUGUAAUGGUUAUGCCCAUACCCUACCAGGCUCCUGUACAAGAUAGCGGUCCCAUACACGCCAACACCUUCCCCUGCCAUGCCGGUCCGGCCGGCCUCCAACUCCCUACUACGGGGCCCAACAGCUUUCCCUUGGGCUCCAAACAAUCUCUCAAGUUCCAGGGAAGCGCCGUGCACUCGGGCGGUUCCUGCCAGGUCUCCAUCACGUACGACAACCCGCCCACCAAGGACUCCAAGUUCAGGGUUAUCAAGUCCAUCGAAGGCGGCUGCGUCGCGCGCAACGUCAAGGGCAACAGGUCCGGGGGCGAAGGCGCCACCAUGCCCAACCCGGAUGAAUACGAGUACACGAUCCCCGACGACAUCCCCACGGGCAACGGUACCAUCGCCUGGACGUGGUUCAACAGGAGCGGCCAGCGCGAGAUGUACAUGGCUUGCGCCCCGCUGUCUAUCACGGGCACGGAUAAGCCCAACGCCAAGCAGACGUUUGAGGGCCUGCCCGAAAUCUUCAAGGCGAAUACCUUUGGAAACGGAUGUACUUUCCCCGAAGACAAGGACGUGCUGUUUCCUAACCCCGGAAGGGACGUGGUCAAGUCCAAUGGUGCCACGACGGCGUGGGCCAGCCCGACGGGUGCAGGAUGUGAAAAACCUACUGAGGGUGGUGGUGCUGGUGCUGGUGCGGCGGCUGCUGCUACUACUACUUCUGUCGGUGUCGGUGCCGGUGCCGGUGCCAGUGCCAGUGCCAGUGCGGUGACGAUGAGUAAGUCUACUGCCGGUGCUGGUGGUGCCGUGACCACGGCUCCUUAUCCCGUUGCUAAUAGUACUGCGCCGGCGGCGGGUGCGGGCUCUUCCCUCCCUGGAGCGGCCUUCAUCACCAUUGCACCUGCGGUAGGCGGGAACACAGCCUCGACUGCCCCUGGUGCCUGGAUCACCGUACCAUCUACCGGUGCAGUCGUCAACCACACACUAGCGACGGCGAUGUCUUCUGCUGUUGCUGCUGCUGUUGCUCCUGUCUCUUCCGCCGCCGCUGCUGCUUCCGCUCCUCCAGCAGGCUCUUCCGUCCCUGCUUGCUCUGCCCCUACGAACGUCGUUACCUCCUCCGCAGCUGUAGCUACAACUUCAGCUAUCCCCAAAAGCUCUGCGCCCCCCUCAACCCUCUUAACCUCCACCGUCGCUGCCCCCUCCCCUUUGGCCACUGCAUCAUCCAUGCCCCGCCCCGCCAUGGCCUCCACCUCAGGUCAGGGGCAGACUAUGCCCGAAACCCUCCCUCCCUCCGGCGCCUGCCCAGUCGAGCAAGACGGGUGGUACGUCUGCCACCUGAAACCAGGCUCCUUGUACGGGGCGUACUACCACCGGUGCGCGUCGGGUUUGUGGACAGGCAUGAUGGCUGUUCCUCCCGGGUUGGCGUGCAAGAUGGCGGAAACCGCGGCGGAUAGCCAUGACGCGGCCGCGAGAAGUAAGCCUGAGAAGGCGCUCACGCUGGAGUUGGGAGAUGAUGAUCCGCUGGAGAUUAUUCCGGUGACGGUGGCACGAAGGGCUCCCAGGGCUCCCAGGGCGGGUUUGGUGGAUGAUUAUGGGAAGAGGAGUGUGGUGGUGGCGACGGGGACGGGGACGGGGACGGUUGCUGGGCCUGAGGUUACUUCUACUUCUGGGUCUACAGGAGGAACGGCUACGGAUGAUCAACAAGACCAAGACCAAGAUCAAGACCAAGAUUACUUGCCCGACUAUGAGUACUACGAGGAAGAGUCGUCGUCGUCAUCAUCUUCAAUCACCGAAGAACGUAGCCUAACGGAUGACCUUGAUAAGAUUGCCUCGACGAAGCUGAACCUCCCCCGUUCUAAUUCUGGUUCCGCCGCCUCUCCCGACUCUCACCCAGACCUAGGUCUAGAAGCCAGGACUCCAAUUCCCAGAAAAAGGAAGUAUCACCACUUAGCCAACCGGCCCCAGAAACGCCACGCCCAUAAUGAAGAUAAUGAAUAG